AUGUAUCGCGUUGGGUUGCCUGAGGAGUGUUACUUCCGGUGUGAGGAAGAAGUAACGUGUCAGAGUUACAAUGUAGUCGUUGGUCAAAACAUCUGCGAACUGAACAAUCGUACAAAGGAAGCAAGACCAGAAGAUUUCAUUCCAGAUCAGAUGAGAUUUUACAUGAAACGUUCUGGAAAAAGAGUUCUCCUCGGAUCUAUCAAAGAACUUCCAGCGGAUACCUGCAGUGAGAUUAAAGCGAGUGAAGGCGACGAGAUGGCUGACGGGAAAUACUGGAUCUACUCUGAAGAGAAUAGCGAGGUCAUCGAGGCUUAUUGUAACGAGGGAUGGCAAAAGAUAAAUGGUGAAGAACCCGUCUGUUUUGGAACCAAAGAUAAUCUGUAUGGUUCCUCUAAUAUGACAAUGAGUGGACGAGUGAAGACAAUGAAGCUUAUUUACAGAUCAGGGUCGGUGAAGUGCAACCCUACGUAUGCUGCAUGCUACUGGGGCUGCACUCAUCCAGAAUUUGGAGGAAAGUUGAUGACAAUCAUCACAGACGCCGAUAAGAAACUUGUCUUUCCGCCUGCUAAAGACCUGAAAAGUUAUACGUACAGUCUUCCUGGAUAUCACCUUUAUUCAACUGAGCUGGUUUUUCGCCACCUCAUCGAUCCGUUGUCUGUUUCGAGCAACCAAGAGAUGCAGAUAUGGUACGGACAGGAUUGGAAAGACACUUCAGAGGGAAACAACAGUGGUAAAGUUUGUGCUGAUGUAUAUGCAUGGUACGUUUGA